CGGCGGCGGCGGGAGCAGCGAGUCGGGGCCGCCCCGGCUGCGCUUCACCCCGGCGGCAGCGGCGGCGGCGGCCACGGCGCCCGUGGCUCAGGAUGCGGCCGGGGGGCGCGCUGCUCUCUCUGCUCGCCGGUCUUGUGCUGCUGCUGUUGCUGCGCCUGCUCUGGUGCCCGGCCGACGCGCCUGCCAGUUUCAGGCUCCUGGUGGAGGAGAGCAGGGAGAACGUCCAUGGCAGCUUCGCGGCGUUGCGGACUCUCGGGAAUAGGGCAGUCCCCUUGCCUAACACCACCAACAGCACAGAGCUGGCAGAGCAGUCACCUCAGCUGACAAAGAGAUGCAGCAACCUGCAGGACGGCUUGCAGGCUUUACCUGACAGAAGCAAAGGGUACUCAGAGGAUGACUUCCUCCGGAUUAUCACAAACAUACAGAGCUGCCCAUGGAAGCGACAAGCAAAAGAAUAUGAGGAUUUUAGAGCAAAACUUGCUUCGUGUUGUGAUGCCAUUCAAAAUUUUGUUGUUUCUCAAAAUAACACUCCAGUUGGGAGUAAUAUGACUUAUGAAGUGGAAAGUAAAAAAGAAAUCCCCAUUAGACAAGGCAUUUUCCAUAUGCUUCCAGAGUCCCAGCCUUUUGUGGGACACCCUUACAAUCAGUGUGCCGUGGUGGGAAAUGGGGGCAUCCUGAAUAAGUCUCUCUGUGGAGCCGAAAUUGAUAAAUCGGACUUCGUCUUCAGGUGUAACCUCCCACCAACCUCAGGAAAUAUUAGCAAAGAUGUUGGCAGUAAAACAAAUCUUGUGACCGUGAAUCCCAGCAUUAUAACACAGAAAUAUGGAAACUUACAGCAAAAGCAAGCAAUAUUUCUGGAUGACAUUGCAACCUAUGGAGAUGCGUUCCUCCUUCUGCCAGCAUUUUCCUUCAGGGCCAACACGGACACAUCUUUUAAAGUGUACUUCACGCUCAAAGAGUCUAAAGCAAGACAGAAGGUCCUGUUUUUCCAUCCCAAGUACCUGAAGCACCUUGCUCUUUUCUGGAGAACUAAAGGUGUGACUGCGUACCGCCUGUCCACUGGCUUGAUGAUCACAAGUGUUGCGGUGGAGCUCUGUGAAAACGUGAAGCUGUACGGAUUCUGGCCCUUCUCUAGAACUGUUGGAGACAUGCCUGUCAGCCACCACUACUAUGACAACAAGCUGCCUAAGCGCGGUUUCCAUCAGAUGCCCAAAGAAUACAGCCAGAUCUUGCAACUGCACGUGAAAGGAAUACUCAAACUGCAGUUUAGCAAAUGUGAGGUAGCCUAAACGAAGAGUCUGAAAGGAUGAUAGCGUGAGUGGAAGGCAGUAGGUGAGUGACGUUUCUAAAGACCAAUGUGGAUUGCUGUAAAAAGAGCCUUAAAAUUUGGCUUGACAAAAAGCAACCUCCACAAAUCCUUCCAUCACUUUCAUCUCACGUUUCCUUCCUUGUACAGUGGAGACUGUAAUAUCUGACCCAUACAAGUGAUUUACA